UUACUGGCCAAGUGUGUAAAAAAAAAACGAGGAAUUUUUCUCCGGCAGUUGGUGCUGCCCUGGUACGACAUACAGAACAAAGAACAACAAAGCAACAAGAACAAGAGACAUUUCUAUUUAUAGGAACUAUUCCUUGUAAGAGUCGUGCAAGAUGUAAAAUCUUCAUUUAGAACAGGGUGAAGAGGAGUAGAGACCAACUGGAUCAAGCGGAGGCCUCUGUGAAAUAGUGAAGAACAACAAAGCACCAUGAGGAGUGGAGUAGGUCUGUGUAUAUUGGUUCUGUUGGGCCUUGUUUUAGCCCAGGGUGCCCCCACAGGUGUUCACAUCUUCUGCGAUGACCCGUCUGUUGAGAAGGCUGCUACCGAUGCUUUAAACACUUUCAAUGAAAGGUUGAGCACCAGCUACAAGUUGGCUCUCUUUCAGAUAUUAACAGCUACCAAGUCAGAGAUUGGCUCUGAAUCGUUCUACCAGCUGCAGUUUUCCAGCCGGAGAAGUGACUGCCUGGCAGGAAGCCCCAAACCUUGGACAGAGUGCAACUACCACCCUUAUGGACAGAAAUUGCCGCUUUCAUGCAAUGCCACAGUCCUCAUGACAGAGACUGAAAUAGACACAAAACAGGUCCACUGUGUGCUUGGUGACUACAUUGUCCCACAAAGAGCUUCCUGUUUGGGUUGCCCAAUGGAGAUCGACAAGAACUCAGAAGACAUCAAGGUUCCUCUAUCGGCCUCCAUCUCGAAGUACAACUCCAUCUCUAACUCUACACACCUGUUUAAUCUUAACAACAUUAGACGUGCAACAAGACAGGUGGUGGCAGGUUUCAGAUUUAAACUGAGAUUUGACAUGAGGAAGACCGUCUGUGCCAAAGCUGAACACAAUGAACUCAGUGACUUGUGUGUGCACGAUGAUGAGAAAAUGGAAAUGAUUAACUGUAAUUCCACGGUGGAUGAAGCACCAUGGAGACAUGUGGCCCCUCAGGUCAACAUAGUGUGUGAAGAAGGUCCUCUCCCUCCUCAGCCUUUCAGCAGGCGCCUCCCCCCUGGCUGGACUCCCUUUCGUGAUGCUAUGAAAGAAGUUACUGUCACCACGUCGGUAGCACCAGUCAAGGAAGAAUCAUCCGAGGAGGACACAACGAACGCAUCUCCCACCGCAGAAGCUGCUCAUGACAACCCCUUUCACUGCCCAGCCAAGCCAUGGAAGGACUUCCAUCCCGUCCGUCCUGUGGCUCCGACCCUGGAUGUCACACCUCCAACUCCCCCAAACAGCCCUCUCCAUAAUCAAGACCAGGCGUGAAUACAUCAAAGGGCUCAAGUAUAAUUCAUAGUAAUCUCUCUCAUUGAGUUCUUCUGAGAUUGGACUAUUUUGAAGAAAUAUCCUAAUGCCACGAAGAGCACUAGAAUCACAAGACAUGUGAGCUUUUGAUUCCAGUUAGACAUGAAAUGUUAAUUGACUUCAGUCCACUCAAUACAUACAGCGAGAAAUAUUUGUAUAUAAUACCAUCGAAUACAUUUUGAAAUCAUGACUUUGUGCCAAAAUGUUUUCUUAGUCGGUCCAUACAAAAAAAUUAAAGUUGUUUGAGCUUUCUGGACUGUUGUCAUGGUAUAAAAUUUGAUUUCACCCCUACUGGAAGUGAUUAUAUGAAAAAGUUGUACACCCAAAACUUUGGCUUAGGAGAACGUACUGUAGAUUUCCCCUCCAAAAUGAUAAGAUUUGUCAAAUAAAUUUAUCUCAAAAGUGGUGACAGAGUCGAAAGAAUAAAUACAUCUUCCCUCCGGAGGUUCAAAUGUUUUAUUAAGAGGCCUGUUGCACUGAUACCGAAGGGUCCGAACUUCGUACAAAAACACACAGAGUCUUGUGAAUGUUUAACAAAUGUAUUUGUACAUCAUCUCAGAACACUCCGUUGGUUAGUUAGUCAGUUCGGGUAAAAACAUUUACCCUAUGACCAAGCAGCCAGACAGAAAUGUAAUAUACAAUUAAAAAACAAAAACACAGUAAUGAGACAAAUCUGUCAGGCAUUCCAAAUGGGAGCAAACUUAAGGCAUUCAUAAUUUAAUAUACUGUACUUGUGACUUGUGGCUUUGACGGAAGACACAAUAUAGAGGUAUCUUCACCCAAUCACAUGCACAAAAAAAUAAAACACGUCGGCCCAAUAUACAUUCAUAGUAUAGGCUAAGGUUUUGUCACCAUGUUAUGUCAUGGAAAGAUAGGACAUGAAUAAAUCACUGCAUAUGAAUUGUUCUCCUUUGAGUCAUUUUUAGAAGAUUGAUCACAAGUGGGAACCAACAAUGACUUCAUCCAAACUGCAGAGUCUGUAUUUUUACAUGAGCAGGAAAUUCAAACCCUCCGAUUCGGUUCCGUUUCAGGCUCCACGAAAUAAAACAGUUACAUUCAUAACUAUAGCAGGUUCAAGAGAGAACAACGUUUUUGAAAAAUUUAACACAAAAUUGGGAUCCAAAGAGUAACACAAUCAAAAACAAUUCAAUUUCAUCAUUUUGCAUUAAUAUGUGCAUUUGUAUUGCACUGGAUUGUACUAUUUUUGUGUCCUGUUUACAUAUUUGUUAACAUGACCCAACAGUUCAAGCAGUUUGAGUUCACAAUUCUCUGUGCAUUAUAAGGUUAAAUCACCAAAAAAGCCAGAUUUAAAAAAAAAAAACUUUAAAUUUUAGCAGUUUAAUAGAGCAUAAAGCAUAAUCAUUUUCAACAAGCGUACUCUGCUGGAAAUUAUAAUUUUGAGGCUUGCUGUUGUUUUUAAAAGUAUCAUCUACUUAACGACGCAUGGAAAAAGUGGCCUCGAUGCUAAAUCACAUUCAAAAAAUGGCUGACAAAAAAAUGCACUUACACGUAGCUCAACGCACACAUUAGCAAAGAGACUGCAAUGUUUAUCUACACUAUGUAAAAAAAUCCACCAGAACUGUGGUGCAAUUUAUACUUCCUUUAAUAUCCAUUGAAUAUUUUCAUUUGACCCCCCCUCCACACACACACACACACACACACACACACACACA